CCGCCGUUGCCAUGGGAGGCGGCGGCGCGCAUGCGCCCGCCCGCGGGAGUGCCCGGAUGCAGCGGGAGGAGGCGCUGCCGCCAUAUUUGCCCGGAGAGCAGCGAGCUGGUAGCUGCCGAGCCCCCCGGACCCAUCGGCUGCCAUCCGCCCCGCGCAGUCCCCGCCGCCGCCCCGCCCGUAGGACAUGGACGAUCGGGAGGACCUCGUCUAUCAGGCCAAGUUGGCUGAGCAGGCUGAGCGCUACGAUGAAAUGGUUGAAUCAAUGAAGAAAGUGGCUGGAAUGGAUGUGGAGUUGACAGUGGAAGAAAGAAACCUGCUUUCUGUUGCAUAUAAAAACGUGAUUGGAGCCAGGAGAGCUUCCUGGAGAAUAAUCAGCAGCAUUGAACAGAAAGAAGAAAACAAAGGUGGAGAAGACAAAUUAAAAAUGAUUCGGGAAUAUCGGCAAAUGGUUGAGACUGAACUGAAGUUAAUCUGUUGUGACAUUCUGGAUGUACUGGACAAACACCUCAUUCCAGCAGCUAACACUGGCGAGUCCAAGGUUUUCUAUUACAAAAUGAAGGGGGACUACCAUAGGUAUCUGGCUGAGUUUGCCACAGGAAAUGACAGGAAGGAGGCUGCAGAGAACAGCUUGGUGGCUUACAAAGCUGCUAGUGAUAUUGCAAUGACAGAACUCCCACCAACACAUCCCAUCCGCUUAGGACUUGCGCUCAACUUCUCUGUAUUCUACUAUGAAAUUCUUAAUUCUCCUGAUCGUGCCUGCAGGUUGGCAAAAGCAGCUUUUGAUGAUGCUAUUGCAGAACUGGAUACACUGAGUGAAGAAAGCUAUAAGGACUCUACACUUAUCAUGCAGUUGUUACGUGAUAACCUGACACUAUGGACUUCAGACAUGCAGGGUGAUGGUGAAGAACAGAAUAAAGAAGCGUUGCAGGAUGUGGAAGAUGAAAACCAGUGAGACACAAAGGCCAACAAGAGAACCCAUCUCUGACCACCCUCCCCCUUCCCCACAAAAACCCUCAGUGUCACUCUGAGAACCACCAAAUCUGACUUUUACAUUGGGUCUCAGAAUUUAGGUUCCUGCCCUGUUGGGUUUCUUUAUUUUUAUUUUUUUUUUACACAGUUUAAAAGUUCUUAAAGGCAAGAGUGAAUUUCUGUGGAUUUUACUGGUGCCAGCUUUUAGGUUCUUUAAGACACUAACAGGACUGCAUAAAGGCUCUUUCAGCAUUACUGUAUUGUCUCUGCCAGCUGUGGUGACAUUGCCAUCAGACCUGGAUGUGACACCUGAAGGCCGUGUAGGGAGAGAUUGGUCCUGGCCAGGUAGUGCUCAUGUGGUGGCAUCUUUCUUUUUUUUAUAACUGUUUAAACUGAAUUUUAUACCAAUGUUUCAACUUAAUUGGGUGUUUAGCUCGGAGUUGUGAGGUUGCAUUUGGGACAUUUAUUGUAGUGGUUUUACUGUAUAAAAACAAAAAAAAGUUUCCAAACUGCUGAAAUGUUGCUGAAAAUCAUGGUGCUGGUAACAGUUCAACAAUCCGUGGCUGCUCAUUCUUGCCUGUUCUUUACUUUCCCUCCAAGCAGGUUAGCAUUGAAGGUGGCAUUGAUAAGCCUGCAUGCGUGUUCAAUAUUUUUUCUUUUCUCCCUCCCCUCUCCCCAUCUCCCUUCGCUCGCUCAACCUCUUUUGUUCAGUAUGUGUAACUUGAAGCUAAUUUGUACUACUGGAUAUCUGACUGGAGCCACAGAUACAGAAUCUGUAUUGUUCUUACUGAAACACAGCAUGGAAUUAACAUUAAACUUAAAUAAAACAAACCUAAAUUAAAAAUGCCAA